AUGGUCGACUACUCGGCCGUAAUCUUUGCAUACUCGAACUUCGAGCAGAACUGUCUCAUACUGAAGGAACUGGUCUCAGCUCACGGCUCUGGAUACCGUCACAGUCAAGACGACGAGACUAACAAGCCAUUGCAGCUGUUCACAUUGCUCUUCGAAGGCACGAUCGUGACCGUCAUCCUCGAGCCGCAAAACUGCAAACACAAGGUUUAUGAGGUGCACUCAAUCGACGUGCCCGACUACUUCAAGGAGGCGCUUACGGGUGCGUGGCAUGAGGAGGAUGAGGACACCAUCCGAUUGACAGGUGUUGAUACUGGUGUCUUCGACGUCUUCGUAGCCUGGCUCUACAAUCGAACGCUGCCUGGUAACUAUCUGAACGAAAUUACAGCUAAGGAAAGGGUCCUGCAGAUCGUACAGACGUACCGAUUCCAAGUACUCGAGUUCAAGCGCGCUGUGCUGAAAUUGCAAGUCGACCUAUAUCUCUACCAGGACGGCGGUUAA